CUAAGGCACGCGUCAGUGUGACAGGUGUCGAUGACGUCAUUGUGUCGGUGCAGGUGAAGUGUGUGACGUAAUAAAUCAAGAAUAUGAGCUGAGUGAGGACAGGAUAUAUGGAACUACAUUGUGCGGCGGAUGGACAUCGGUGUGACGGCGGGGACCGGGCGUCAGAGUCUUUGGCAGAAAAACACAAGUUUGUAACUUUACUACGUUUAAAUGUUGACAGUGGAUCUAAGUUCGCGGAGGGAACGUUGUCAUGUUCGUGUCCGGCUGUUGUUCGGCUGUUCGGCCUCGUCACCCGCUCAUUCACGCACUUUAAUGAUGGACGCGGAGCUUCUUUAUUUGUUGCUAAAGUAACGGUUAGCUGUGCACAGUUAGCCGGCGGCUAGCGGUGCUGUUAGCUUCCUGUGACCGGACUGGAAGCGUCGAGCUUCGUUGAGUGUAGCACCGGAGCUCCGGGCCGUGAGGCGGAGGAACGCAGUGGGGCUAGCUGGGAGCAGCGCCGGAAUGGGAACCAGAACAGGAUCCGGGCGUGCGGGCAACGGAACCGGGCUGAAUAGCCUGGCGGUGAACACACCGGGACCGAACUCCGGGAGCGACGGAGCUCAGUUUGACGACAGAGGGUAUGGCAUCGAGGUGGUCUACAGCGGCUCCGACCAGGACUCCGAGUCUGGGGACGAGGAGGAUCCGGCGGGUUCAGGCGGGGACAGGAGGGGGGUGAAGCGGGAGAGAAGUGACGGGAAAGCCGGGCACCAGUCAUCGGCCUCCGGCGGAGUCCCCGGAGCCAGACCCGGGAAGAAGACCCGAGGAAGAGUGAAGAUCAAGAUGGAGUUCAUCGACAACAAGCUGAGGAGAUACACGACCUUCAGCAAGAGGAAGACCGGCAUCAUGAAGAAGGCAUAUGAGUUGUCCACACUGACGGGGACUCAGGUGUUGCUGCUGGUGGCCAGUGAGACGGGUCACGUGUACACGUUUGCCACCAGGAAACUUCAGCCUAUGAUUACGUCAGAAACAGGAAAAGCUCUGAUCCAGACCUGUCUCAACUCCCCGGACUCUCCGCCGCGCUCUGACCCCUCCUCCGACCAGAGGAUGAGCGCCACGGGCUUCGAGGAGACUGACCUCACCUACCAGGUGUCAGAGGUGGACGGAUGCUCAGACGUUGCCAAGGAUCCCAUGAAACCAGCACACGCCCUGUCCACACAGGCUCCUCCCUCCUCUUCGGUGCAGACCAGCGCCCCCUCCUGGCAGCCGCAGUCCUCCUCUAAUGGCUCAGUGAUAAAGACGUCGGCAGGUGUUGUUCUUCCUGGAGGCUUCACCUUGAUGCCAGGUAUGUCACUGCCUCCUGGCACACACACCAUCCCCCUCAGUCAGCUGCAGACUCCACCUCUGACCAUCCAGGGUCACGCCUCCACACUGCAUGCUCCGCCGACAUCAGCGACCACGCUGCUCCGUCUCCCAGCCACCGUGUCACUGGCAGGGGGCGCAGUCUCUCAGCAGUUGCAGACAGUCCAAGUGCAGACCAGCAGUAAGGCCUCCACCAAUCAGAGCGGCUCCGACAUCCACAGCCACCCCUCCUCCACAGUAGCAGGUCACAUGAUGUACCCCGGUGGUCACACGGUCAUGUACACUGCACCGGCGUCCUCUCUUGGUGAUGGUAGCCUCGCCGUCCUCAACACAUUCACCCCGACGGGCCACGCCCAGUCACAUGACCCUGGUGCCGUCCCACAGGUCUUCCUCACCUCGCUGCCCCCAGUGGCCACUCAGAUCCCCGUGUCAGCAGUGCAGCUUCACCAGAUGGUCAUCAGUCAACAGAGCAGCAGCAACAACCUGACGGAGCUGCAGGUCGUCAGUCUGGACAUCCACCAAUCAAAGGACGACUGACACAUGACGAUGAUGCAACAGACUUCCUGUUCCUGAUCACAUGAAGCAGUGACAUCAUAAUACUGAUGAUUUAACAAAGUGCCAUCUACACACUGUGGAGAAGUGAACUGUAGAGGGCAGCACUUCGGCCCUCAGUGUGUUAUUUUUAAUGAAGGAUGACGUCAUCUGUGACCUCCACUGACUGAGCGGCCCAGUUACAGAUGUUAUGGAAACCGUGUGUGUGUGUGAAAGCUCUGAUGUUUUUUUAGAACAUCUGCAGUUAAUCAUGAAUUUAUUUUCAUCUCUAUUUAAUAAAAAAUACAUUUUCUUUA